CCUCCCCGCCCUCCGCCGGGGGUGUGGAGCGCGGCGGAGCGAGCUGCAGAGGGCCAGGCGUGUGGGGACGCGGGAGGGCGGAAUUCUCCGGGAGUCGAGCGGCACACGGAGCCCGAAGCCGGCGGUCGCCUGUUCCUGUGCGCUGGGCGGCAUCCCGGGCAUCGGUAGCCCGGCUCCCGGAAAGCGUGCCUGGCCAUGGAGUCCUCGCAUAAAGACGCCGAGACGGCAGCAGCGGCGGCGGCGGUGGCAGCGGCAGACCCCCGGGGGGCGUCCUCGUCGAGCGGGGUGGUGGUUCAGGUCCGCGAGAAGAAGGGCCCUCUGCGCGCCGCCAUCCCCUACAUGCCCUUCCCCGUGGCCGUCAUCUGCCUGUUCCUCAACACUUUCGUGCCAGGACUGGGGACCUUCGUCUCAGCCUUCACUGUGCUGUGUGGGGCCCGCACUGACCUCCCAGACAGGCACGUGUGCUGCGUCUUCUGGCUGAACAUCGCAGCGGCCCUCAUCCAGAUCCUCACAGCCAUCGUCAUGGUGGGCUGGAUCAUGAGCAUCUUCUGGGGCAUGGACAUGGUCAUCCUCGCCAUUUCUCAAGGGUACAAGGAGCAGGGCAUCCCACAGCAGCUGUGAGCCCACAGGACCCACCAAGGAAGUCCCCGGGCCCUGCAAGGGCUGCACCAGGCAGCUUGUGGCACAAGGACCUUUACAUGUUCUUUUCUGCCGUUUCCUGGAUUCGGGGUGGAAAAGGGGGUAUUUUUAGAAAUAUUAUUUAUUUUGAAAUCGCAUCUGCUUUUCUCAGCAGGCUCUGAGGGCUGCCAACCCCUCCUCCUGCCCGGGAAAGCAUGGUAGGCUCAGGCAUGCGGAGCACUGGGGAGUGGGGCAGAGAUGGGCAUGUCGACAGAGAGGCUGGGAUGCUUCUGCAGGCUCACCUUCACCUGGCAGUGCCCACCGCCCACUACAAUGGUACUCCAGAGCUGCAGGGCUGGACUGCAGUGGUCCCUGUCCAGGUGAUUGGGGCUUGCUAAGGGGGCGGGACUGUGGAGGACACUUCCUCUGGGUCCCCAUUCCUGCCUCAAAUAUCUGGUGCCCCUAGUGUUUACUCUGUGGUCUCCUGGGGGCAGUACCAGGGUGCAAUUGAGGAUGGCCAGUUGCCAGUCCAGUGUGGAAAGGUCCACUGUGCUCACAGCUGGCAUUGGGGAGAGCAUGGGUCCCCAUGGGUCUGACCACAAACUCCGUCUCCUUGCCGCUCAUAUGUAAUGGCAGAGUGUGUUUGGUCCAUGAUUUCCCUGGGUGGGAGGGCAGUGGCUCUGUCCCUGGGGUGAAAUUGCUGGAAUUGCCAGGCUGAGGUGUGAGUGGGCACGAACUGGCUGCUUUCCUCAUGAUGCUUAAUACCAUUUCUGGUCCACAGUCCUUUUUUUUUUCUGAAAUCCUUGAAGCCAGAUGUGUCUCUGAAUUAGGAAAUUUUGGAUUUGAGAAAGAUGGUAUGAUCUAUUUUCUGCAUAUUUCCUAACACCCUGGCAGAGUCUGGAACAGCCCACCCACCAUCCAGCACAUGAGUAUUUCUGCAGAGAAACAUGUGAAUAGAUUAAUUGGGAUCAAUAAAAAAUGUAAAUAGUGUUGCCUAUUCGGGUCAGACUAGAUGAGUCCUGGGAGAAAGACUACCACUAGAUAGAUGGCUUUUGGAGUUUCAGAAUUUCAAAGCAAUUUAAGGAGGUGGUGGACCUCCAUCUGAAAAACCCGACUUGCACACAGAUGCAUUGGAGGUGAGAUUGUUGGUGCUGCACAGGGACCACAAGGCUCCUUUAAGCCACUUCUCUGAAACUGAUGGCUGCAGAUUAGAUUUUAGUGGAACCAGGAAUCAAGAGAAGGCGUGCCGACUGCUGCCAAUCAAGUACCAGUCUGAAAUUAAGAGAAAGGAGAUCCAGGGGCUGGGGUGGUGGCUCAGUGAUGGAGAGCUUGCCCUAGCACGUGUGAGGCCCUGCGUUCGAUCCUCAGCACCACAUAAAGAUAAAAUAAAUAAAGGUAUUGUGUCCAUCUACAACUAAAAAGAUGCUUAAAAAAAAAAGAGAAAGGAGAUCCAAAAUGGAUAUUCACAUGUCCGUUUUCACUCUCUAACACAGGAAGUGAUAACACAUGGGAACUGGCCCCAACGCUCAGGUUCCCGACCCCUCUGGGCUUUGAACUGUUGGAUGUGUCCCUGUUUAAGGGACUUUUCUUAUCUAUCAGAGGCUCUGUCAAAACCCUGUCAGGGCUGGAGCAGGAACCUGGCUACAAUGCGGGAUGCGGGCUCUAGGGAAGUGGCGCCCACUGCUCUGGGGGUGCCAUCCCACCUACCCCCACUAGUGGGCUAUCUAAUGACAGUUCUGCUGGGGAGCAGACUUUGAGAUUCCCCACAAACUGAACUGUCCCCUGACCUCUGUGAGGCAUGGGGUCCUGCCCUGCCACUUACUCCUGGCCCCUACUCUAAGGCAAGCUCUCUGCUCCUACUCUGUCCUUCCCACGGGUCUGCCCCUUAGUUUCCAUGAGCCUCUUUCCUUUCAUUGACGCCUGGGGCUGGGCUGCACUUUCUGAGCACCAGGCAGUGUCUCCACGUCUUCCUGGGCCCCCUUCUUCCUGACCUCAAGCCCAACUUUUAUUGCUUUUUCCUCCUAUUUGGAACCCGCUAGACUUCAGUCAUGGGAUCAGAUUUGGUUCCACCCAAAUAACCAGAGGCCUGCAGCCCGCCGCUCUCCAGGAAGGUGCAUCAGAGAACGGGGACACCCCUCAAAUGAGAGGAAACAGCAUCAGCAGAGGUCCCAGCCACCCGCUCCCACAACCCACCAACCCACAGCCCUUCAUCCCCAACAGUCCCCCCAAAUUGCCUGACGCUCCCUGAGUGCUGACAAGUCUUGGGACGGGGCUGCCCCCACAAGUGAGAGAGCAGGAGCUUAUUUUCCUGGCUGGGGCUGGGGGUGGCUGCUGAAGGAGGAGAGGAGAGGUAGCAAUUUGUGUUGGGUGUUUAGUGACACGAUCCAGACGCGGGUGGGAUAUUCUUGAGUGGCAGGUGUCACCGUAUGUGGGAUGGCUUAAUACAGGGGUUUGUGAGCUUGGCAGGCCACCUCCUCCCCACCCCGCACCGUCCUCUCAUCUGAGGGCUGUGUCUCUGCAUUUGGGAACACAUCAGGCCAGAAGGAAGCAGCCACUCUCCAGGUAAAGGAUGUGUGGGAGAAGGCAGGGGCCCCCAUCUCCUGAACAGCGAAUCUGUGAGGGUGGCCAUGUGGGUGGGAACAGCUCAGAAUAGAGGUCUUCUGAAUUAGACCAUGGUCAUAGCAUUAUCAGGAGAUAAGGACAGCGGCCAGUUUACUCCAAGUCAUCCGAAAUGGCCAUUUGGAUGGUCAGAGUUCAUUGAUGAAGCAAAAUGGAAAGAAGGGUCCUUGUGCCAAUGAGUGCUUGACUGACACACAGCCCUUUGGUGACACAAACUGGAGCUUUGCCUGGAUGCUAUGGCACAAGGCUGAUGGCAAGAGUUCAGGAGUGGCAAGACACGUUUCAGAGUUCAGCAGGAUGCUCCCUGGCCGGAGGGUGUGGGGCAAGAGUCACAGGCUUGUAAAUGAGACCCUCCAAGGACCUAGUUGUGACACUGUGAUCAGGGUGGCCAUUUCCCUUUGGCCAGAGUGGGACCCUGGAGCAAGAGUGAGGCACCUGGCACCCUGGGUAUGUCCCAAGGAUAGUAGCAACUGUCAGGACAGGACAGCCAGGACCCCAUGGGUACAGCAGAAGCAGUACAGUACCCCUGUACUGGUCCUGGAACCCCUGGGGCCUGCUGUGCUGCUGGGCCCCAGCCCCAGCCCCAGCCCCAGCCUGACAAGCCGCUGGCCUUUCCUUGGCCAAGUCUCUUUGAAGGAACAGAAGGAAGGGACCUGCAGCAUGGUUUCCCUCCCAGACCCCCGUGCCCAGCUCCAGUGAACAGCCUCCACAUGAGGGACCCUCACCCAGCAUUUUUAUCUCCUGUCACCCUUCUCAGCAGCCUGGGAGGGGAGAUCCUUGGGCUGAGUUUUCAAAUGUCAAAGUGAGGCCUCAAGAGAGUAAGUUCCGUGUCCCCAGAUGUAUGGCUCAUGUGGCAGAGACAGGGAGUGGCCAGGUCUGGCUCCUCCUACAACCAGAGCCAAAGAACUCCUGGCAGCCCAACCCGGAGGAGGAAGGGAUUGCAGGGGGCCUGGGAAGGGCCCCCUCAGAAGUAUAAGGCGUCAACAAAUAGAAAGUCACCUUCUGGGAAGAAACCCCAGGGCCUCCACCCUGUCCCACGUGCUGCCUGUUCUCACCAUUUUGAGUAGCCUCCGAGCCCACGCUCCCUUGCUGGGGUCAGGUCCAGAGGGAUGCCCCUUAUGGAAAGAUAAGAUGACGGUGGCCAGGGAGAGAGCGAGAGCUGGUAUUGGGAGUUAUCUGACCCUAACUCAAAAGACCACUCCUUUCCCAUCUGGGGGGUUCCAGCCUUUCAGACACAUGAUGGAGAGUCGAGGUAAAUUCAGCCUCGUGCAGGAUGCUGUGGGCUGAGGAGCCCUGGGGAGAACUCCCAGGGAAUCUACAGAACUACAGUCUCCCCGGGAAGGAAAAGGGGCCUAGAUGUCCAAAUCAACCACACCCCAAACACGGAGCCCAAGGCCAGCACACAGCAGGGCCGAAACCCCAGGACCAGGGCCAGGGCCCCCCAGAGCCCUGAUGUUCCUGAUGGGGAAGGUACCGCUGAAUGACAAUGAGCCGCCUGCACCAGCUUGGACUUUGAAAACACCAACCUAAAACCCCACUCUCAAACUUUUCCUUUAGCUAACCCCUUCCCUGGGGUGAGUUUGCGGGGGUUCGCUUCAGUUUGGUCUGGACACAGAGUCCGGCCUCCUCAGGGCCCUAUCCUGGCUCCCAGGCCCCCGCUCAGGUUUUCAUACUCUGAGUCUGUUUUUUUACUGUGUUUCGUGAUAUUGGCAGAGAAAGCUUGGAACGUUGUGUAAACGGCUUGGAGACGGAUGAUUGAGACGUACAUUCUGCACUUAGUGGCUGGAGACAUUAUUUACAGUUAUUAUUUAGUCCCUCUUUCUGGCACUGUGUGGAGGGCUCCCCUCAGAGGGACUGGAGCUGGGGAGCCUUUGAAAGCCCCCCUCCCCCACCAGCCCAGUUCUCCGUGGCUUUGCAUGUGGUUGGGGGCCUCAGGCUUGGGAACAGUUAGAAGUUGUGGCUGCCAGCCUGCUGCCCACCUCCCCACCCCUGGACAGCAACAUGCCACCUGCUCCCUAGGGCUCAGUAGAAGCCAUUUGCUGGCCUCAGGGAGUCCACCAUGGGCCACCUUGGCUCUCAGUCAGCAAGCACCCUGGGAGAUCCUGCUGGGACAAAAGAUACCCUCACCUCCACAUGCCUGUGACCCCAGCCCCCACAGGGGACAGCAGGGUGUAGGGGACAUCUUGUUCAAGGAACAGACUGCCUCUUCUCCCUCCAGAGCACUCUUAAGCGCAGGCUGUAGGGGAUGAGGAGGUCAUCUUGGCCAAGGAAAACUGACAGUGGUCCUUUUGGAUCGGCGAGGUUCUGAAAUAAUAAUUUAAUAAAAAGGUCAACCUGAGUAGGUGCGUGAGAGGCUCAGGGCUGUGUUUUUCCUGAGCUUUCUCCCCAAUGAAUUCUUGGAGCUCCUGAAUGUUCAUGGGGUCACAGAGGUGGGGAGUGCUCAUGCUCAGAGCAUAAGCCACCCCAAUUCUCAGGACAUGCAGAGACUGGAUGAAUCCCAACCAGAGUGAAGCCAAAUGCCCCUCCCCCCGGGGGGGGGAGGAGCUCUGGCCCCAGCACGGUUAGGGCUGCCCACCUCACUCCAUGGGCUUCAUGCCACAAUUGAACCAUCCAUAGGCUGGGAACCAAGUGGGUCCUGGGAAGCCAUCAUUUUUCCUAUUUCUGUCAAAGUAAAGGGCUCUGAGGGCCCAGCCUCAGAGGGGCUCUCGCAACGCCUCGCCUUCUGACUCAAAGCACUGGCAGUCCCAGAGUGGAGAGAGCCACAGCUCAUUGGCAGAACAGAAACACUGUUGUGAAAUUCCACAGUCCCCUCCCAAUGCUGUCAGAGGGCAGAGAGACCCAACUUGUAUGUGUGUCCUGAGUUUCUGGUACAAGUCAAAGUCCCUUGAUUCAGAUUUAGCUGGGAAACCUGGGUCCCCAAAUCUCUCCAUGUUCUUCUGCCUGGAUUUGCCAAAAUGCCAACUAGUUGGGCUGGUCUGGACUCCACAUCCCACCACCUGCCCUGUUCUGUAUUUUCACCUCAAAAGGGCAGAGGUAUGGACACACGCGCACACACCCACACUCCAGCCCCUAGACUAUGGGUGAAGCAGGGCAGGGUCUGCCUGGGCACCUAGAAUAAGACUUAUCUCCACUGGCCCCCUACCCUGUUCCAGGGUGAUCUCUGGCUGACGGUUCCAUACACCCUCACCACGCACAACCUUUACACACAGGCAUACAUUGUUUUCUUUCUCUCCAGGGCCUCUGACCUGUGGAUCUCUUCUUCUUGGGGCCCAGGGGCUCAGCACCAACCCCCACUCCACCAAUCCUGCCUGUGUUUGUCCUCCACAUCCCUUGCUUGGCCUUCUGAGGGAGGGAUGGUGUGUGGGGGGGCUGGCCAGAGAAGAGUGUCCUCUCUCUGGGGUUCCCCUGAGGACGCAGAUAAUUUUCUCUUCUGAGACCCCUCUCUGUUCCUACAACACACCCACCUGCCCCAGCCUAGGAUCCAGAGAGGAAAGAAGGAAGACGCAUAUUCCAAGCAGGGAGAAGGGGUGAUGGGCGCUCUGUGGGCACCUGUGUGACUGGCCCUUGUCAUGGGCUCUUAAGCCAUGCUGUUGAACAUGGCGCCAUUUUUAAAAACAACACAUGUAAAAAUAAGACCAAUGCUUCUGUGUGUAUCUGCUGAACAUAUGUAUGGAUGAGUGUUGUGUUGUGAACUGCAGUAUUUUAAUACCGUGACUCUGUGUGGGUCUCUCUUCUUUUUGUUCAUGUAAUUGCUGUACAUUUUUGUCACCCUUAGACAAAUUCACUCUGAUCUCCUGGAGCUUUCUUAUCCCACUUCUACCCAGACUCCCAGGGAGCCCCCCACCCCAAUCCAGCCGAGGGAGCAUUCCCAGCCCAUUCCAAAGACAAGAAAGAUUCUAAUGUUGGGGACCUGGGGAAGCUUCCAGCCUGGGGCCCAGCCUGCCUGCGGUUUAGCUUGCCCAGCACCCUUGGGCCUGAGACCUGCGGCCGUCUAUCAGGGGUCUCCACAGCGCCCUCUAGACGCCAAAGAGGGUUCCAGUUUCUCCAGCCUUCCGCCUCCUUUGAACUCCCUUACUCAAACAGCAUUGCUGUCGGUGUAACAAAAAAAAUCCCAUGUAGACAAUAAAACCCGUGUACAUAUCUCCAUGUACAUAUUUAUACAUACACAUGUGUUCCUAAUUAUAAAUAUAUAAAGCAUGGCAUCUCCUUGGCAUUCCAUUUUUGUGUUGUUGUUUUUUUUAAUCCUUGGAAAUACGGCUUUGGGAAUCUUUUCUCCCUUUCCCUCUUUUUCUAUGUAAUAAACAUUCACGUGACCUUU